AUGGCACCCACUCUCCCCUACCGCGACAUUAACGUCAAAGUCGCCCCCGAUUCCUACAUCUUCACUUCGCCCUCCUCCCCCGAUGCUCCAGCUUUGGUCAUCGACCGUCCCACCGGCGACCUGCGCCUCGGCGAUGCAGGCCUGGGCAAGAGAGUCUCCCGAGUUUCGAGUAUCGCUGGUAUUCUGGGCAUCAUCCAGCUUAGACUCGACAAGUAUGUCAUCGUAAUCACAAAGGCCCAGCCCAUGGGCCGCCUCAAGGGCCACAUGGUCUACAAGGUCAUCACCACCGAGAUCCUGCCCAUGCGCGAGCGCCAGAUCCGCGACCCCGACGAGGACACCUUCAUCGGCCUGCUCGACACCUUCAUGAAGAACGGCCCCAUGUACUUCUCCUACUCCAUCGACCUCACAAACUCCUUCCAGCGCCAGGCCUCCGCCGACACCUCCCUCCCCCUGUGGCAGCGCGCCGACGACCGGUUCUUCUUCAACCGCUUCCUCCAGUCCGACCUGAUCGACUUCCGCACCCGCGGCGCCAGAGGUCAAGCAGGCCCCCAGGCCGGCGCUGACCCCUUCAUCCUCCCCGUCAUUUUCGGCAUGCUCGAAAUCAAGCCUACGACCUUCAAGGGAACGCCAGUCACCGUCACCCUCAUCUCCCGCAGAUCGAGACACCGCGGCGGAACCAGAUACUUUACCCGAGGUGUCGACGACGAGGGCCACGCCGCCAACUACAACGAGACCGAGCAGAUCACCAUCUUCAAUGAUUCAGGCAGUGGUAUGGGAGGAUUUGCUGGCAGCGCCGAUAUGCAGAGUGGAAAGUACGGCGCCAGCGGCCAGGAUACGCAGAUAAUGUCCUACGUCCAGACUCGUGGCAGUGUCCCCACCUACUGGGCCGAGAUCAACAGCUUGCGUUACGUCCCGAAGCUGCAGGUUCGCGGCAUCGACAGCGCCCUCCCUGCGGCGAAGGCGCACUUUGAGGAGCAGAUCCGCCUGUACGGUGACAACUACCUCAUCAACCUGGUCAACCAGAAGGGCCGCGAGCAGCGUGUGAAGAACUCAUACGAACAGAUGGUCGAGAAGCUCAUCUCAACCCCCAAGGAGCGCACUGAAGGCGACAGCCACACCAACGAAAAGUUCACGACGAUCCAGCCUGAGAAGCGCGCCGUCGAGUUCGAUCGUCUUCACUACAUCUACUUCGACUACCACCACGAGACUAAGGGCAUGAAGAUGCACCGUGCCUAUGCUCUCAUUGAGAAGCUUAAGGAGGCCCUUGACGCCCAAGGCUACUUCCGCGCUGUCGACAUGCCCGGUGCCAAUGAUGGCCGUCUCGAGCCCCGCAGCUACCAGACCAGCGUCAUGCGCACCAACUGCAUGGACUGCCUCGACCGCACCAACGUCGUUCAGUCCAUGUUCGCCCGUCACAUGCUUGACCGCAUCUUCGAGGAGAUGGGCCUCAUGAGCCGUGGCUCCUCCUUCCGCGAUGAGGACCCUGCCUUCGAGCACAUGUUUCGCAACCUCUGGGCCGACAACGCCGAUGUCGUCUCGAACUCCUACUCUGGCACCGGUGCUAUGAAGACGGACGUCACUCGCACCGGCGUUCGCACAAAGAUGGGUGCUCUUCAGGAUGCUCGCAUCGGUGUUACCCGCUACUUUAAGAACAAUUUCCUCGACGGCCCCCGUCAAGAUUCGUUCGACCUCUUCCUUGGUGUCUACUUGCCGGGCACCGCCAACAUCGGCAGCUCCCUCAUCUUCGCUGACCGCCGCCCUAUUCUCAUCCAAUCCGUACCCUAUCUUCUGGCCUUCAGUCUCUUCCUCAUCUUCGUUGGUCUCUUCACCAAGACCGAAGCUACCGUUACCAUGCGCAUCUUCAUCUUCUUCUGGCUGGCGGUUGCUGCUUGGUGUUCGAGCUUCAUCUUUGGCCACGGCAUGCUCUAUGUAAACUGGCCUAAGCUGAACCCUAGACCCUGGGCCUUUGAAGGCUACAACGAGCACAUGUCCAAGGCCCGCAAGGACUCGGUCCUGGGAUCCUUUGUUGCCCGCCAUGAGCGCGGCCUCAGCACGGCAAGAUACUCUAAUGCUGAAGAGGGCAAGAAGAGGAUUGAGUAG